AAGAAGGUAUAACUGUGCUUCAUAAGCUGUCGUGUUGACUAAAUUAGAUUAAGCGAGUGUGUUGUGCAAUAUGGGUGUAAACUUAAAAGAUGAAGAAGAAGUGAAGCAGUACUUACAUAAUUUAGGUAUUGAAUAUCGUUUUGGUUGCUAUCAAGAAAAGAAACCAGAGGUAUGUCAUUUGUUGGGGGAUUACUUAGAAGCCAUCAAGAAGGAUUUUGAUAAAGCAGCGAAAGUGUAUAAAACUAACUGUGAUGACUAUAAUUUUGGUAAAAGCUGUCAGAAAUUUGGAAAUUAUUCAUUUGUUGGGAAGGGAAACACCACUAAAGAUACAGAAGUAGCAUUUAAGUAUUAUAAAAAGGCAUGUGACCUGGGUGAAACAAAAGCUUGCUUUAAUGUUGGCGUUUUAAACAUUCUAGAUACAAAAAACAGCAGGAAAGAGAAGGACUAUGCUUUAGGGGUAGCUUCACUACACAAAUGUUGUGAUGAUAACGACGCGCACUGUUGCUUUUAUGUCAGUACUAUGUUUUUACAGGGUCUAAAAAAUGGUUUCAUUGAGAAGGAUAUGGCUAAAGCUUAUUCAUUUUCAUUAAAAGCUUGUGAUCUAGGUAGCAUGCAGGCCUGUGCAAAUGUAAGUCAGAUGUAUCGGAGGGGUGAUGGUGUUGACAAAAAUGAAGAUUUAGCUGAGAAAUAUAAGAAAAAAGCACUGGAAUUGCAGCAACAGACAUUCAAACAGCAGCAGCUGGAGUUUCAGCAAGGGACAAAGCCUGUGUAAUGGAAUGUUAUUUACAAUCAAAGCAGAUAUUUAUUAAAAUUAAGUACAUACUUAAUAAAUAGGCAUGCUGUUUCAAAACUUCCUAGCAGGACAUUGUAGCACCUGUGUGAUUGGGUUGCAUAUUGCUGGGCAGAAUAAAACACAGAAUUACUUUUGGAAUAUGCAUUAAAAAUGGGCUACUCAUGCUUAUGGCAAUUUGAGAUGGACAGACAAUAAUUGUCAAUAGAUACUAUUCUUAUCACAAUAUAUUAUCAGCUUUUUGUAGUUUCAUAAAAAUGAACUGAAUGUAAAACAUUUAUACUGCCUGUAAAAUGUGGAUUACUCACUCUGGUGAAUUUCUUUUGGGUUUGAGUAAGACUGUAGGAAACACAGUACAGCAACAACAGGACACAUCUCUCUAGUGUACUAAUAACUGAGCAUAUUUGUUCUGUAUUGACUGAGUAACUAUUGUCAUCAGACCAUUAUUCUAGACUGUCAUGUAUAAGAUCUCCCUUUACACAUCUGAAUAUCAAAAAUGGAUUAUUUUUAUGUUGGUGGCAAAACAGAACAGAAAAAUGGCUAGACCACACGUAUUAGUAUGUCAAUGGAGGGUUAGGUAUUGGAUCUUGGUUGUGAGUGUAUUUUUACUUAUGAUGGGAAAAAAGGCUUGUUUUGUUGCUGAAUGAUAGUGACAGGCUAUCUACAUCCACAGGUACACCAGUAGCCCUUGCAACUGAGAAUCUUUGUAUAUCACUGCCAUACAUUGAGGCAUGGUAUGUUAUUGCCCUUGCUAAUUUCUCACAAGUCUUAGCAGUUUGUAUCCCAUAUCACACUGCAUUUGUACAGUUUUAAUAGUGCUUUACUUUUUUUAUUAUUAUUUUAUCAAAUUGCCAUAUUCAAGUGGUUCACAUACUUUUCUUUUGUCUAUUAACAUAUUAUUUUGUCUCUUUGAAGCAGUGUGCUGCACUUACAGAGGAAGCUUUAAAUAUGCAUUUUGUAGUGAAUCUAUCAUUCUAGUUUUGGAUAAUAUCAUAUGACAUUUACCUCCACCACCAUUUGUUUCAAAUUAUAUGUUGACAUUUUUCUCAGAAAAGUUGUUAUUUUAAUUAUUAACAUUUGGACAUACUGUAGGCCUACAGAAAUUGAUUGCCUUUUUUGCGCAUUUUUGGUUUGGUCUGUAAUGGGCCAUGAAAUGCUGGCUUCAAACUCUGAAGUCCAAUUUCAGGAAAGAUGUGGUUUACAUUCAACUCUGUGGUUAUUAAUUUUCUGUUGGUCUCUGAACUUUUUGGAAUUAACAAAAUAGUUAUAGAGGAAGUAGUAUAUUAAUUAAAUAAUAAUUAUGGUAGUUGGUGUUUGAGAGACUAAACUUUUUGUCAUUAAUCGCUUUGAAUGAAAACAUCAUCAGCAUUCAACUUCACUUCUUGAGGGAGGUAGCAUGCCUAUUUUACGUGCCAUUGACAGAAGAGUACUGUGCAAAUGAAUUAGGAUGUUAUUGAAGAGAAUAUUGAUUUCUUAGUUUCAUAUCUGUGUGAAAAUAGAAAGUAGUGACAAAGACAGUGCGGGCUGAAAUCAGUUUCACUGAAAGUAUUUGCAGUAUAUUGAAUGCAAACUGCAUUUUUCCAUAAUUUCAUUUUAGAUUGAUUGCGGGCUAUCUUUAGAACAUUUCUUCCUCUUUCAUGAUACUUUGCAAUUAGAUAACUGUUAUCCUUUACCUGUAAAAGAUGUAAGGGUGUUUGUUUAGAGUAUGUUGACAAGAGUGUUUGUUUAGAGUAUGUUGACAGUACAACUUGUUCUUUGCUGUUGGAAACAUGUAAUUUGUUGUAUUGACCUGUGUUUACAUUUCAUGUAUUAGUCCAAAGCAGUCUGUAUUUUCUUCACCAUCAAAGAUAGUUGCGUAUGAAAUUAGAAUACAAUAAAUCUAUAAAGGCACCAUUUCACUAGCAGGCAGCAGUAUCAGAUGUACAAAAUGGUGAAGCCACACGAGCUUUCUGGAUCCACUUUUCUUAGGACUGAAAAAAAGGGAUGAGGUGAGAAAAGGUGAUUAGGAGCUUUUGAAGACUAAGGAGAAAAACAUCCAGGAGCAUGGAUUGAGAAAAUGACAGUGGGCAGGAAGAAAUGAAAAUUGUCAAUAAAAUGCCAACAAAACAUUAUAUUUGAAUAUAUAAAAAGCUAAAAAUGAGAGAGAAGGUAAUUAGAAAAUCAAGAUUGGAUGUUAUGAGGGACACAUGUUUAUUGAAUUAUGGCAGGCAAGAACAAAAGAAGAUAUUGACAGCAUUCUUUGUGCAAGAAGCUAUGUGUUGUCAAUGUAGUAGACUUUUGUUAAAACUCCUUCCUUUUUUUUUUUUUUUUUUUUUUUUUUUUUUUUUUUUUUUUUUUUUUUUUUAGAGAUUACAUUACCAUAAUGGGGAGACACUCACUGCAGGCUUUGACUGUACUUGUACAUUUACAUUCUGCAAAAACUAGUGAAGUGCUUGUCAGAGGGUGCUUAUAUUUUGUUAAAUAUUCCAACUAACCAUUUUUAACUGUCAGUCAAAAUGUCAUUAAUAAUGGCAUUGACAUAAUCAACAGUUAAACUGGAGAUUGGCGUUAAGUUUUCUCACUUUAGGCUAAUUUCAAAUUAUUUAUUUCUUGAUGACUACAGAAUUAUGAUGCUGUUUUGUCUGAGCUGAUUGUUAUUUGAAUCAUUUCACUGUGACAGCUGUCAGAGCUUACAGAUUGUGUGAUAACUGUAAUUGUAUUGAUAUGCCUAAAAUUUGUUGCAAAGACUUAUAGACUUAUGAACCUCUUAACUUCCAUUUCUGUAUUAUUUGAUUCUUACUCUUAUAUAAAUUUCUUACACUUAUCUUAUUAUUAUAACAUUAAACUGCUGAUUUCUGUUGUAUUUGUUCUGUCCUGUGAGUUUUUCUUCAGGGACUCUAUUUGUACCAUAUCUGUGAGGGGCUGAUGGGAAUGUGUUACCUGUAUGUUCCAGUUCACUGAUUUAGCUAGCAUAAUUUUGAAGCAGAAAAUAAAAUGUAAUGAAAGGACACACAGUUCAAAAUGACCUAUGUAAAUCUAUAUUUAUAUAACUACCAAAGAUUGUGGGUUGCUGUUUCACUUGUUGUUAUACAUGAGAAUAUACUUUUUUAGUCAGAAGAUUGAUGUUUUUGGAAUAAAGAUCAUUCACAAAAGGAA